CCGUGGGGCUGGGAGGGAUCGGAGAGCGGUGGGCGCGCACACCCGCGCCCGCGCCCGCUGGAGGUAUGACUGGCGUCCCCGCUGUGGCGGCGCGGCUCUCGUGCGCGUGUCAGAGCCCGCGGGGUCUCUGCCCGCGCGCCGGGCACGGGCAGGACCUCUGCGCUGUGCAUUCCAGAAGUCGCCGGAGGCCGGGAGGGCCAGGUCGGCACUGCAGCCUGUUUCUUGCUUUCUGAUCCGCAGUUUCGGGGCCAGUUGGGCGAAUUGCCGCCCAAGGGUACAGAAUUGCGGGCGCGCGCGCGCACGAGUGGGAUGCGAGCGGGCGUAUGCCUUUGUGUCUCCUGCGCUCGCGUGCAGGUGGGCAGCCCCGGCCGGGGGCCACUUGACCAGUACACACAAGGAUCUCGAGACCUUUCUUUCGUGUCCGAGGGAUCGGUCUGUCUUUUGGGGGGCAGACAAUAGACCUUUCUCCCUGAGGCAUCGUUGGCUCUAGGGGUGCUUUAUUUGGGGACGCUAACGGGACUUUCUAAGGACCGCUCUCUUGGAGCUGGGGCCCUGGCAUCAGAGUUGGGCGCGUUUCCUUUUUUCAGUCUGGCGAGGGAGGAGUCCUGGGGAUAGUGACUGUCCUCGGCUGAGAGGUGCAGGCAAGUGUCCCGGGCCGGUCGGUCCCGCAUUAGACAACAAAGAGAGGCGUUAGCGGCGGCGGGGGAGGGGCGCGGGCGGGAGGAGGACGGGGCGGGCUGCGGCUAGCGCGGGGGUGGGGGGCGCUAGCUCUCAGCUCGCUCAGCCUGCGGCCUCCGCCCGCCCCCGGCCGGCGCGCGCCAAUCGCCUCCCCCAGCGAUAGUGUCAGUAGCAUUGUAGUGUCAGCUCCCGCCGGUGACGUUGCGCCUCCCUCGUCCCCCUCCGGAGCCGUCUGGCUGCAGAGGCUCAGUCAAGAGGCGGGGAGGAGAGGAGGAAAAAGCGCUGAGUGAGGGCGGGCGGGCGGGCGGGAGGGAGGGAGUGGAGGAGCCGGGGAGGGGCUCCUUAAAGAAACGCUGCUGUCGCUCGCCUGCUCGCUUCUCGCUCGGCAUUGUGGCCAGCCAGCCGGGCACUCGGGGGGCACGCGCGGCUGCCGCUCGAGCUCUGCCCCCACCCCACCCGCCAGCAGAUCUGGGGUGGGGACCCAGGCGGCGGCUCCCGCAGCCACUGCCCGGCGCGGACCGCCAGGAACGAUUCACUCCUCCCGGAGCCGAGGAAAGAGCCACGGAGCUGUCUGCAGCCGGCCGGCCUCCCCGCCCCUGACCACUCGCUUCCCGGCUGCCUUUGUGGCCGAAGCUUCUCGCCGCCGAGCCCAGGGCCGGCGGGGGCGCGGCGCGCACGGCCGAGAGAUGCCCAGCUCGCUGUUUGCAGACCUGGAGCGCAACGGCAGCGGCGGCGGAGGGGGCGGCGGCGGCGGAGGAGGAGGAGGAGGCGGCGGAGAGACCCUGGAUGACCAAAGAGCCCUGCAGCUCGCACUCGACCAGCUUUCCCUGCUAGGGCUGGACAGUGACGAGGGCGCGUCUCUGUACGACAGCGAGCCGCGAAAGAAGAGCGUGAACAUGACCGAGUGCGUGCCGGUGCCCAGUUCCGAGCAUGUCGCCGAGAUCGUGGGGCGGCAAGGUUGUAAAAUCAAAGCUCUGCGGGCAAAGACCAACACUUAUAUCAAGACCCCGGUUCGCGGGGAGGAGCCUGUCUUUGUUGUGACGGGCAGGAAGGAGGAUGUGGCCAUGGCCCGGAGGGAGAUCAUCUCCGCCGCCGAGCACUUCUCCAUGAUCCGCGCCUCGCGCAAUAAGAACACGGCGCUGAACGGCGCAGUGCCUGGGCCGCCUAACCUGCCAGGGCAGACCACCAUCCAGGUGCGCGUGCCCUAUCGCGUGGUGGGGCUCGUGGUGGGGCCCAAAGGCGCCACGAUCAAGCGCAUCCAGCAGCAGACGCACACAUACAUCGUGACGCCCAGCCGCGACAAGGAGCCGGUGUUCGAGGUGACGGGCAUGCCGGAGAACGUGGACCGCGCCCGCGAGGAGAUCGAGGCCCACAUCGCCCUGCGCACCGGCGGCAUCAUUGAGCUCACCGACGAGAACGAUUUCCAUGCCAACGGCACGGAUGUGGGCUUCGAUCUGCAUCAUGGGUCCGGCGGGUCCGGCCCAGGCAGCCUCUGGAGCAAGCCCACCCCCAGCAUCACGCCCACUCCGGGCCGCAAGCCCUUCUCCAGCUACCGCAACGACAGCUCCAGCUCGCUCGGCAGCGCCUCCACAGACUCUUACUUCGGCGCGGGCACCAGCGGCAGCGCAGCCGCCACCCCGCGCCUGGCGGACUACAGCCCCCCAAGCCCAGCGCUCAGCUUUGCUCACAACGGAAACAACAACAACGGCAAUGGAUACACCUACGCGGCGGCGGCGGCGGCGGCGGCGGCGGCGGGGGAGGCUUCGGUGCCUUCCCCUGACGGCUGCCCCGAGCUUCCGCCCGCCUUUGACCCGGCUCCCGC